AAGUGACCCCUCCAACCACUUUAAGAAAUAGUCUGAACUCUACUCAUCCGACCAUCUUUGUACAUAUAUUUUUGAGUCUAGGAAAACUCAAUCUCCUCUCUCUCUACCUUUACCUCUACCUUUGUCUCUACUCUUUGUUUACAUAUUGUGAACGCGCAUCAUCCACGACACAAAGAUGCGUCUCGAACUCCUCACCUUCACCGCCGUCUUGGCCGGUUGUGUCUCUGCUCAAUCGAGUCCAUCGAUCCCUGCUUGUGCAAAUACAUGUAUCACCGACGCUCUGCCGGCUUCCUGCAACUUGGACCCAUCAUGCAUCUGUACCACCAAAUCCUUCAUUACGGACAUCAGUUGCUGUAUCUACAAGAGCUGCGAUGCUAGCGAUCAACAGGCCGCACUCGCCUAUGCGCAUUCCAUCUGCGACCCUGUAGGAGGUUCAACAUUAUUGCCCGCCUCUGCCGGUUGCACCGCAAAUUCCACCUCGCCCGCAACCAGUGGUAGUUCCAGUGGCGGCACUGCAGCAGCCACCGCCAGCGCCAGCGCCACCGGUAGCAGCGCCUCGGCAGCUUCGUCUUCAGUCUCCUCCGCCAUGAGCAGCGCCUCUGCCUCCGCCAGUGCCGCCGCAUCCUCCGCGUCCGCAGGCCAGGGUAGCGCUACCUCCAGUGCCAGCGCCGCCGCAACGUCGGCCGCAGGUAACGCUGCAGAUGGACGAAUGAGUGUGCAGGGUGUGGGAUUGGGUGUUGUGGGUGCAGCCCUGCUUGGGCUCGCUGCGCUGCUGUAAAGGGUGACCGAAAGGGGACGCGGUCUCGAGAAUACCACAUGCAGGCUGGUGAAAGUGGAUGCGGGAUCCUGGAGUGACUUGGAAAUUUUGCUGUCGAAAGAUAUUUCCACCUAAUCACCCCCUCAGUCGUCAUUGCCACUGUCAAUGUGAAGCAAUUGUAAAGUCUUCGGAGUCUCAAAUCGGAAUUUGAUGUGUGCGAG